AAUCAUCCGUAAAUGAAUGGAAACUGUAUUGUAUUGAAAUAUUUCGUCUGCGUUAAAAUAAAACAUUUUUAUAUAUAUUACUCUCAUAUCUUUCCGUUUCCAUGCGUUGACAAUUUGUUGAUUAUUAUAUUAUAAGUCAUAACUAAGUACUAUUUUAUCCAUCGCGUAUGUGUUUAACUGUGAGAUGUGUACAUAAAUAAAUCUGCGCUCAAGGCCAGAAGCCAGGAAAAACUUACGUUAAACUUACUCUAGAGUAACUUACAUUUUAAAAGAAAACGUGAGGAGCCUGCGGGAGUAGCAUUGGCCAUGGCUGUGGAGAGGCCAUUGAGUCAGCUGAACACGGAUCCCCUCUCUCCUCUAAGGAGUCAAUCCCGUCUCAAUGGCACUUCAAUCGUUCUACAUGAAUCACUGGUUGCCCCAGAGAAAAAGAAACCAGUUCCAAACCAUCUCUUAGACACAAAAAUAUAUCAUAAAUUAUCCCACAAUGAAGUACUUCAAGUGGAACCUGCAGUGGUCCACUUCCCAGGCUUUGAACCAGGGAAGGUUCAUCGACAAGUUAUGAACAUCAUCAACACAUCCUCAGAAUGUCAGCAGAUGCAUAUCAUCCCUCCGGCCACACGUUAUUUCAAAGCAUGGUACAAGAAGAGGGAUCGUCUGGUCCCGGGUUUGUCCAUGGAGGUCACGGUGGAGUUCCGACCGGACGAAUGGAGGUACUUCUAUGACUGCAUCAGGAUACAUUGUCAGAGUACAGAGAACCUUGUGAUCCCUGUACAUGCAUACCCUGUCAUGAUGGCUGACUUUCCAGAAAUAGUCAAGUUUCCUCCUACACCUGUAUCCCAAAGAUCAAGAAAGGUAAUUCCCAUCAAGUGCAAUAUCCCGUUGGAUUUUGAAUACCAGCUCAAAUUCAUCCAACCCCACCCUGCUAUCACCAUCACACCUAUGAGCGGGACCGUACCGGGGAAUGGUCAGGUCGAACUGACCGCUACCUAUUCCCCUUCGGACUUCAGCACGGCGAUCAUGAAGCUUCAGUUGAUCAUCUCUCAGUUCAACACCAAGCCGUUAGAUUGCACUUUCAUCGGACAUUCCAGCCCUGGUCUGGCUGUUCCUCCCGAAACCCAACCUAUCGACACCACAACAGAAGGUCCACUCUCACCGGUCAACACAGCCGUCCAGCUUGACCCCCAGUCCAUCUCACCCAUAUCAAUGUCCAGAAGAAAGAAAGGAACGGGCAAGACUGCUAAGAAGAAGACGGUCACUGUAUCCAAGCUGACCAAGGAAGGCACGGAGAAGAACGGUGUGAGGUUCCCAUCCAAUCUGGAUGUCCAGCAUUCGGUCAAUGCAGUGUUACUGCAGACCCCAGGGAAGCUCACAGUGAAGGAGUUAAGGGAAGCUGUACAAUCAAAAUCAGGGUCGGCCCAAGCACUCAACCCAAGACAGUUAAAGGAAGCUGUGUUUGAUAGGGAAGUGAGGGAUGAUGUUCAGGCAGAGAGGAGAAAUCAAAUAAGAUGGCAAGUCCACCUGGGCAGAGAGCAGAUGCCUCAAGAUGAGAGACUACAGAUUGUUGAAACAAGAAAAGAAGCUCUCAAAGAUUAUCAUUUUAAGAGAGGAGACCCACUUCCAGAGAUAGAGUUCAACCGUGUCUCGACCACAUGCACCCAGCGACGCACCUACAGACGGAUGACCCAUGUCCCUGACCCAGUGGCACAGUUUGACCUCUACUGCAAUGACCCCUGGGCCAUGAAGCAUCGAGCCAUCGGACGCUUCCAGCAGGCUGUCCAGAAGGUCAUUCUAAGGCAGAGAGCAGCAGACAAGUGGUCCAUGCUGAGCAAGCUCGUAGCGGACUACAAGUCCGGGAAUGCUGGCAAGGUUGAGAAAUUGACAUUUGGUAAUAAUGGUGAGGCCAAAUAUGACCACUUACCCCUUGAAGUCAGCUCGGACAAGCUACUAACCUACGCCUUUCCAUCAUACAUCUCGCCAGAUUACAAGGAUGAUAUGGCCCCUGAUGCACUGGGCAUUGUCCCUGCCAAGGCAACGGACAUUGAGGUGAAGCGGAAAGUACCGUACCUCGGUCUGAAGGUUCCCCAGCAGUAUCGGCUGAUGGGGUACAAGGCGCAUAGCGUACAGGACGCAGCUGGUGGGUAUGUGGCACCCAAGCUGGUCCGACCCCUCAGGACAGGUGCAGAGGAUGAGACCAUCACCAUGCCAGUGCCUGAGCCAGCCUGGCAGGAGAAGGAUGAUGCAGCCAUGGAGAGAUUGCAAGGCAUCGAUGAUGAAGACGAUGACGACGAGGAACCAAUUGAGCUGGUAACGGGGGAGGCGAGGAAGAUGGCUUCUCAACUUGUCCCUCCUGCUGGGCUUUUCAAAUCUGUAGACUACCCGUCCCUCCAUAUAUUUAACCCUGCGCCAGGUCUCCAAGUCUUCUUACCCCCUCUACCCUACGCUGAGGUAGAUCCAGACUUCCAUCUCUGCCCCUUGCCUAGAUACACCCACUCCGAUCCCAGGAACAAACACGGUGCAACGCUCAAGAGAUACCUGGAUAAAGAGGAUGUAAUAAAAGGAGUAAUGGCAUGGAAGAAGUUCCCUUCUCAAGGUCUAGUCUCACUUGCUAACACACCAACACUAACCAAUGUAUGGGUACCAAGGUGGACGGAUACUUUCAGUCCAGAUCUACUACCAGAAUCUGUACCGGAGCUUCUGGAUGGUUUACCGACUGAAGACAAGGAGAACAUCGUCUCAGAUGACUCAGAUGAUGAUGAUGAUGAAGCGACGGAAGUGAAAACAGACAAUGUUGCUUUGACGCCCGGUAUGGUCAAUGCAGAGUUCCCCCUGAUAGUCCCACCAAGGACUCCAGAUCACCACCAACAACCAUCGGAAAGUGAGGAGUUUCCCUAUGGUUCCAAGCUUCCUACACACAAUAAUCCAGUCUCGUCCAAUGGACCUGUCCCUAGGGAGAAGAGAGAACGUGAGCUGGAGUUAUUCCUGAAGAAGAGAUACAACAAACUUGGAGAGAAGAUUCAAGAGAGAGUAACUCAUAUGAACAAUCUUACCAACGACCCUGAUCUGGUCUUACACUGAUGUUCUUUGACUUUCAAGAAGAUGAUUACAGUCUGAACAUCUAAAUCUUAAAGAAGAGAGUGAUCCAUAUGAAUAACCUUGAUGCUGACAUCAAAUGAGAGAUGUUUCAUUCCAAAAUUGGGUCAUAGACCAGUCAUAAGAUGUGCAGUGAUCUCAAGAUUUUAAGCAUAUGUACUCUCAUAAAACCUUUUUUUUUUAAUUUAUGAAUUUGAUAACUUUGAAUAAUCUAUUUCUUGUGCCAGGAUAUAUUCUCUCAACUUAAUCAUUCUUUUGUAUGGAAGUAUCUAUAUCACCUUGUCAUCACUGAACACCAAAUACUUGGAAAUCCGUCCAAUUGAAGCUUAUCUAUAGCUUCACCUCCCUUUAGAUUUGUAGUGUAGCAAAAAGAUCCGUAUAAAUUUUGACUCACAAUUUUCAUGAAUGUGCAUUUUUUAUUCUUUACUGAACACACAAAUCCAUUAUUGGAGUCUGAAUACCGGUAUGAAUAUAUCACUUUUUUAUCCAUUUAUUUAACAUGUACAAAACUUGAAACAUCUUGUAUAUGAAAUCUUAUAAAAGUUUUGUACAUGAAAAAAGGCAAAAAUAUCCAUAUUCACAUUGCUAUCAGUGGCCAAGUCUAAUUUAAAUAUGGGUGGUCAAAGGGCAUUCAGUAUGUUUACUUGAGAUCUGUUUUUGUUUCUGAAAAGUUUGUGACGGAUUGCAAACAUGAAAGAUCUAUGAAUUAAAUUGUUUACGUAGAAACUUAAAUUUGACGUACUGUAUUAGCCAAGGUUUUAGCAUACAUUUCCGUAAUUCUGAACCGUCUUAAAACUAUUCAAAAGCUUUUAUAUUCACAAGUUUGGUUAUAUGUCUAUGCAGCGAAUUGUGCAGAAAUUUCCAGCUUAUUCAUUGAUUAUUUAUAAAUACAAUCCAAUACUUUAAUAUGUGAGGCAACUAACAAAAUUCAGAGCUGUCUUUCAGCGGGAAACUUGAAAGCGUCUUUGAUCAUUAGGAGGCAAUAGAGUACCGAAGUGUGACAUUUCCAAGUUUGCAUUUCAGCAUUUUUGAUACCAUAUUUUAGUAGUGUAUGAUGAAAUACCUCCACUACCAAAAUUUGGUGCGAAUCGGUCCAUGGAGGCCCGAGAUAUGACCUCAUGAAUACAUAAUUAGCCCAAUCAUACAUGUACAUCGACUUCAAAGGGGCUAAUUAUGUAUUCAGAUGGUCAUAUCUCGGGGGGCCCCCAUGGACCGAUUCGCACCGAAUUUUGAAAGUGGACGUUUUUCAUCAUGCUCUACUGAAAUAUGGUAUAAAAAAUGCUGAAAUGCAAAAAAGUUUUUUGUGACGUCAUCACUUUGGUACUGUAUUGGCAAUGCAGAAAUGUCACUGUAAAAGACACUCCACAGGAUUUCUGCUAAACAAUGUAACAUAGGCCUUGAUAAAGGUGCCUUAAUGUAAGCAUGCAAACAUAUCAAAACCUUGAUUUACAUAAUUGGUCAGUGCUACCAUGUAUUUGAAUUUAAACAUUGUUUAUUUGUGUUUGUAUCAUUUGUAAAUUGGUAAUAGAAAUUGUACAUAUCAGAGUGCCUUUUAUAUAAAUGUAUAUGGUCCAACACUCCUAACUUA